UUGACUUCCUCAGUUUUAAAACAAUAGAAAAUUUUAUUUGAUUAUAGCUCUGUUUACAAAAAGUAAAUGAAAAAAAAAUAUAAAUAUAAAUUUAUAAUGUAACCGAUGAUGCGGAAGAUGUAUAUAAUAAAAAUAAUAAUAAAAAAGACACACAAAUAAUGGAAAUACCAAUGUUAGGGGUCAUAUUCUGGGAAAUAUAUUUUUGAAAGUGUUAUAAGAGAAAGUGGAACCCGGCGUGCUUGAAUGUGAUGAUGAGAUUUCAGUUGAAUUUUGUUCUCUUUAUAAAGAAGACCAAUUGUGUGUUUAUAUUAUUCAAAAAUGUUUAUAAAAACAUUAAUUAUAUUUAUGAUAACACAAGUAAUUUAUUGUGACAAUUUUUUUAAAUUAAAUACAACAUUAAAUAAUUAUUAUUCAGAUGAUAAUGAUGAAAUUAUACAGCCAAGAAUAUGGAGUGAAGUUUUUGAAAAUUGGAUUGUUACACAAAAUAAUUAUAAUACAAAUCAUCGUGAGGCUAAAGUUAUAAAAUACAAUGACAAAGUUGUUAAUAUAUUGCAACAAGGAACAAUGACUAAUAAUAAAAGAGAAGUAUCAGAAACAGAUUUAUAUUUACUCGGAGCUAUUGAAAAAUUAGUUUAUCGAGUAGAAACACUGGAGCAACGAUUACGUAGAUCAGAAGAACUUUUGUAUUAUCUUAUUUCUGGAAACACAACAUUACAAGAUCCUUGUCCAAAAAAUUAUACGAAAAUUGGAAAACAGUGUUAUCAUUUUGGAGGUCGCGAGUAUGAUUGGAAAUCUUCGGCAAGUCUUUGUCGUAGUGUCGGUGGUGAUUUGAUAGAAUUUGAAAAUGUUGAAGAAACAGAAAAAAUUAAAUCUUAUUUAAAAGGAGAAACAAAUAUUAAAAAUCGUGAUUUUUGGACUGGAGGAUUAAAUCCUGGUUUACUUUGGAUAUGGGCCAGUAGUGCAAAACCUGUUUAUGAAGAUGAAACUCAUAAUAUCAAUGGAAAUGGAAGGUGUCUUAAAUUUCGAUAUAGUUUGGCAUCAAAAGCUUACUUUUUCGAAGGAGAAGAAUGUGUUAAAAAAUUAAAUUAUAUAUGUAAACAUUCAAAGAAAAAUUCAGCUGAUAAAGUCAAGGCUAUUCAACGCUCAAUCAAUAAUAGAUAAUUUUGUUUUUCAAUAUGAAUAAACGCCAAUUGUAUCGCUGUUGAUAACAAAAUUUAGAGACAUCUUUUGUGUAAAUUUUAAAACUAUUAUGUUAUGACGCGAACAAAAUGUCACACACUGACACACAAAACAGGGAG